CAUGAGGUCCAAUCUUACAUGGGACGCCUGGAGACUUCAGACAAAGAGUCAGUACACUUAGUAGAAAAUGAGAUUCAGGCCAGAAUAGACAAUAUAUUCAGCAACUUGGAGCGCCUGGAAAUCCUGUCCAGCAAAGAACCUCCCAAUAAGCGACAGAAUGCUAAGCUCCGAGUGGACCAGCUGAAGUACGAUGUGCAGCAUUUGCAGACAGCUCUGAGGAACUUCCAGCACCGCCGUUACAUCCGGGAGCAGCAGGAGCGGCAGCGAGAGGAGUUGCUUGCACGUACAUUCACUACUAAUGGGACUCACAAGAAGAUCCUGGAUGUUGCCAACAUGUUGGGUUUAUCCAAUACAGUGAUGCGGCUGAUUGAGAAACGAGCCUUUCAAGAUAAAUACUUCAUGAUUGGGGGAAUGAUUUUGACUUGUGUAAUUAUGUUUCUCGUCGUGCAGUAUCUGACCUGAGCUACUCAACUAUUUAUUGCCAGAGGAGAUUGACUUUUGGAGCAAGAUGGACUGUCCUCCAAACUCUACUUUCCUCUGAGUGCUGCUUUGGAUGAGCCCCUCCUGUGAACUGCAGAGUUUACAAAUCACACAGAGACAUGUCGUGUGGAAAGCACGUAGGGAAACGGAUUUCUCUGGGGAUGCUGUAGUUGAGAAUGGCCCUAUAAAAAUAUC